AUGCCUCGUGAAAAGGAGAAGAGAGGCCGCAGGGCCGAGAAAAAAUCUCAGAAGGAUGAAUCCAAGCGCAAGUUCGAGGAAGCAACCGAUGUCCCGGUUGCGAAACGCAUGAAGCCCUCUGCCGAUGAGGCCGACGAGACCAUCGAACAGCAACAUGACGAAGCCUUUGAACAGAAUGAGGAUUAUAUUCCUUUGGAUCAGGGUGAUGAGAUGGAUACACAGGGUCCGGAAGAAUCUGGUGAUACGCCUUUCUACGGUCUUCUCGACGAGGAAGAGUCGGAAUAUUUUUCUCGUGCCAACGAAAUGCUGGAGCUGAACCAAUUCCAAGACGCCGAAGAGCGCAGCUUGUUCGUCGACAGUGUGUACUCAGAGGCCAGUGGCAAGGAGUUGAAGAUCGCCUGUAGUCAGGGCUGCUCCAGGCUUAUGGAAAAGUUGAUCUCCAUGUCCGACGCUCGGCAAUUGCGUCGCAUCUUCAGCAAAUUCGUUGGCCAUUUCCUCCACCUAGUGCAGCACCGAUUCGCCAGUCACUGCUGCGAAACACUUUUCAUCCAUGCUGCGCCUGCAGUGAUGCAGAAGACCAAAGCCAAGAAGUCCGACGAAGAAACUGAAGAGGAGGAGCCCGAAUUGACUCUCGCAGAGAUGUUCAUGGCCGUUAUCGAGGAAUUGAAGGACAAUUGGGGUUUCUUAUUGACAGAGCGCUUUGCAUCACACACGAUCCGAGUGCUGCUUCUGGUUCUUGCCGGUGAGCCGGUAGAUGUCACUUCGGCCGAGUCAAUUGUCGCAAGUCGCAAGAAGGAAAGAAUGGACAUCCCAAUCGUUCAGGGAGAAGAGAAGCCGCAACUCGAAAAACAAAAACAAAGCGUGCCAGAGUCUUUCGAGCCAGCACUCAAGAAGAUCAUGACCGAUAUGGUUUCUGGUAUUGACGAUACCUAUCUGCGAGCCCUGGCCACUCACCCAGUGGGUAAUCCUGUGCUUCAGGUACUGUUGUUCCUGGAGCUCUCUCAUUUUGGAAAAUCCAGCGCCAAAGAUCCCAAGUCUACUAUCCGUCGACUGGUUCCGGACGAGUCAUUUGAGGAGGAAGGAGAGAGCGCACUCUUUAUUCGUGGACUUCUCUAUGAUCCAGUCGGCUCGCGCCUGCUGGAGACAAUGGUGCGCUACCUUCCUGGUAAGGCUUUCAAGAACCUAUACAGGAAUAACUUGGGCGAACGUAUUGGGUCUCUUUCACGAAACACCACUGCUGGAUAUGUAGUCCUUCGGAUCCUGGAAAGACUCGGCAAGGAUGAUUUGAAGAUUGCAAUGGACCACAUUGUUCCCGAAGUCACAGGCCUAAUUGAAAGAUCAAGACUCAUUGUCCCGAAAGUGUUGAUUGAGCGAUGCGUUGCGCGCGGUGUCGACACAAAGCCUCUGGCUGAAGCACUUGAGGUUGCUUACGACAAGGACCCUAACCUCAGACUCCAGCAAAUGCUUAAAUUUACUCCCUCAGAGAAACCUUCGCAAUCUGAAGACCACGCCAUGGAUGGCGACGACGAGAAUGACCGCAAACCUCGCUUUGGACCUCAAGAAACCUCAGCAGAGAAAGCAGAAAAACUUCACGGCUCUCUCUUGGUUCAAGCCAUGCUGACCGUGCCCGGCCCGCUCAGCCAGCUUGUUUACACAGGUCUGCUUGCACAGCCCAGCCACGUCAUCGUCCAACUUUCUCAAGAACCCACAUCUUCUCGCGUCAUCCAGCAGGCGCUGACCUCCUCUACAUCCACCACUCAAAUUCGCCGACAACUCACUACUCGCUUCCAGGGCCAUCUUAUGGAGCUUGCUUUGAACGGCAGCGGAUCCCGUGUCGUUGAUGCCCUCUGGUCCGCAACCAAGGACAUCUUCUUUGUCAAGGAACGCAUGGCACAAGAACUCUCCCAAAACGAAAUGGCUCUUCGUGAUUCCUUCUUGGGUCGCGCAGUCUGGCGAAACUGGUCCAUGGAUCUCUUCAAGCGCCGACGAGGCGAGUGGACUCGCAAGGCCAAGGGCAUUGAGGAGCGAACACAGUACGUUGAAGGUGGCGAGCGUCCUAAAUCUAAGAUUGAGUUGGCUCGCGCCCGGUACGCAGCAGCCCAGGAAGCAAGUGCUGGCGAGAACAAGCCUGCUCCCGAAUGA